AUGAAUCACAAUAAAAUCCGUGAAGGCCGCAGAAAAAAUAAUGACGGAAGGCUAAGAUCUAAUAAAAUCCAAACCCUUGUUAAAAAGGCAGUGGAGUUAGCUACUCAGCACGAAGUUGACCUGUUACUUGUUGUUUAUUCCCCAGAGACAAAAUCUUGAAUAGAAUAUUCAACCAAAGAUGCAACCCAGCUUUUCUUUGGCCUACAAGCUGCCAAAGAGCAUAUGGAUAAAGUUGAAACCUGGCACAAAGACUCAGCAAAAAAUCUUCUUGUCCCUGACACUGCAGAGGCGAGUUCUUCCCCGCCUCCUAAUAAACGUCAGAAGCAUGCAGCUGAUGAAAACCUGUUUUCUAAGCCUAUUGAAAAAGCUAGAAAAGAAUUGGGAUCCGAUGCCAGUACUUUGAGUACCAAUGAGACUUUGCCCAAACUGUCUCGAAUUAAAGAUAGCCCUACCAAUUUAGAGUUAUCUGAGUCGGCAGAUUUAACUACGAUUUCGUUUAAUUUUGCUGACCUUACUACAAAACAAGGUUCAUAUCAAACGCAUCCUACUAUGUCUGAUUUAUAUCCAGAUGAUUUCUUGUUUUAA